AUGCCCGCCCUAGUUAGGUCCAACUCAUUUAUUUUCCCUGAUCUCGACUUUACGUUACGACGUCAGUUCAACAAGACUGGCUUUCGUCCAUUCCAGCGAGAGAUCAUACAAGCUGCGCUGGAUGGCAACGAUGUCUUCGUUCAAGCAGCCACAUCCUUCGGGAAGAGUUUAUGCUUUCAGCUUCCUGCCGUAGUAGAUCAAGGCAUUACUAUUGUUGUAUCGCCAUUGCUGAGUCUUAUGAUGAACCAGGUAGAAGCUCUUCGAGCUGCCGAUAUUAACGCUAGCUCGUUGAAUAGCAACACGCCUCUGGUAGAAAAGGAUCGCAUUAUGAAUGAUCUCAAAACUGGUCACCCCCGAACUCGGCUACUCUAUGUAACCCCAGAGCUUUGCGCCCAGGACCGUUUCCGGGAUAGGUUGAGGGUGGUUCACGAGCAACGAGAACUUGCGCGUAUCGCUAUUGACGAGGCGCAUUGUAUCUCGGAAUGGGGCCACGACUUCCGCAAGGAUUUCAAGAGACUGGCAUGGUUUCGAGAAUCGUUUCCGGACGUACCUAUUAUGUGUUUGACAGCAACGGCCAACGAUCAGGUGCGCAAUGAUAUCCUCGCCACCCUUAGAUUAGACGUGAACCCGGAAAGGCUGAAAACGUUCACAAUGACUGCCCACCGGCCAAAUCUCCACUUCGAGAUUCGAUUCACACGUGAUGAAGAUGAUCAGCGUCUAGACGACUUCCUCAGAUGGAUCCGUGGCGUAUAUCAGCGUAGAGCCAAGGAUCCACGAAAGAGUGAGCUUACCACCAUCGGUGAGCGAGCUGAUAAUGUUCCUGGAAUCAUCUACACUAUUUCGCGGGAUGAGUGUGAAAAUCUUGCCUCGCAGCUCAGACAGGAAGGCAUCGGUGCCCAACCGUUUCAUGCAAAACUGUCGAAAGAAACCAAGGAACGCGUUCUUGCUAAGUGGGUGUCUAACGAACCUGGGUAUGACAUAAUUGUAGCCACAACCGCGUUCGGAAUGGGUAUUGACAAGAACAAUGUCCGGUUUGUUGUUCAUUGGAGACUCCCUAAAUCCUUCGAGGGAUACUAUCAAGAAGCUGGACGAGCUGGGCGUGACGGGAACGCGGCGUACUGCUUUCUCUACUACAGCCGUGAAGAUAGAGACCGAGUCAGCAGCCUGGUCGUGCGAGAUCGCAAUUCGGUUUCGAAUUCCAAUUUCGAGGCACGCGCCAAAAGCCUACAGGCUCUAGCCCAAUACUGUGAAAGCACAAAUGCUUGCCGACAUAAGCUCAUCUGCAAAUAUUUCGGAGAAAAUGACACUCCAGCAUGUGAUUAUGCAUGCGACUGGCAUAAAGACAGCGCUGAUCUUCAGCGGCGUUUGCUCAGGGGACUGGCAAGUGAGGAGUGGGUCAGCACGCAGAGAGAGGAAGGGAUGUAUGAAGUAGAUUGGGAUGAGUAA